GUACGCAUGGGGACGCGAAAAAUCUCCUGGACUGCGAUGGGGAAGAGGGCGGGGAAGGCACAGAGAGCUGCAAAAGCGUCUGCUGCAGCUGAAAAAGCACGUCUCUACCAGAAGAGAGAAGAAGAGAAUACGCAGAGGUCGCUCAUGAAACUAAGGAAGAUGCAGCCAGAUGCAGCGAGUCUGACGCGUCUGGAUAAUGAGAUUGAACGAUUGGUACGGAUGCUAGAGGAGUUGGAUGUCUAUUCGAAUGGGGACAUAAUCACGAAGAAAAGAACAAGACUUGGAAGGGCAUUGAAAAUCAUCCCAGAAAGUCUGAACGCCUCCCGAAGGGCCCAUAAAAGUCAGGUUUACGUAAUUCUGCCUCCGCCUCCGCAUGAGUAUCCGAAUCCCAUCUCACAAAAUACCAAGCAAACUGAUGCACAAACAAGCUGUCCACCACUUCGUCGAUCUACUAGACUUGCCCAGUCAGAUACACAGGUCGAUGAGGAUCUCACUACUUCUCGCGCCCCAAUCAGGUCUGAUGGACAGGGUUAUUUCGAGCACCUACGUCGAUGGUACAAGAACACACAGAGUAAAGACCUCGCUGUCAGAGAUUGGGCUCAGGCUAGAUUGCAAAUACAAUGCAAACUACGAGGUCAACGAGAAGUGAGACAAGAUUGGUUGGAGUAUCGAGGUAGAUAUGUUGUAAGAGAUGAUGGCAGAGAUGUGGAGGAUAUCAUGGAAGCUUCUGAACGGAUCGAAGCAUGUGACAACACAAUAAGCAAUUUGCAAAUGGCCUUGCAGUUGGGGUUGCCAAACAGACUUCAACUCAGCGCUGAGUGGCGUCAACAUCCUGUCACUCUUGAACAACUCUGGUUAGAUCGGAAUUUUGACAUAGCUUCAGAUUUCAUCGACGGGAGCCAGCAUGUGCAGCAACGCAAAUUCAAGGAUACAGAGACAGACAUGAGUGGCCAACGAUCCGGAAGUUUGUCGAGUCGGUCCUCACAGUCGGCGGGAGUGAACCUGCGAGAUACGGGAGGAUCUUCGUCGUCAACGCAAUAUGCAGCCUUGGAAGAGCAAAGGCAGGAGAGUCACACACCGCAUCAUCCAGAACAACUUGUUGCAACAAAAUCAGACUCGAUGGCACCACGGCAGGCGCUCCAGCCAGGGGGUAUAAUACUGCAGGACGUGGCAGGUUCCACCGCUGCAUUAGUGCAUGAAUCAGUCACACCAGAAAGCCAACAUCCGCCAAGCUUACCAGGACCGGAUGUCUGUAAUGCAGAGCUAUUACUGGAACAACAGCACAUGUCGAUCUGGAAUCAGCACAGGGUUGUGAUGCAACGUCGAUUCGAAGCUGCAGGGAUACCCCAGUCUGUCUUGAAGACAAAGCUGAGUGUUCAGGAAAAGGCAUUCUAUCGCCAAGCUGAACAAGAACGACAGGUUCUUCGCUUAGAGCAAGCUGUGCGAGAUGACUAUGGCGUGCGCGCAGAUAGCAUCACUGAUAGAGGCCUCACCACGAACGAUUUCCUUGAGAGCGUUGUAUGGGAGCUUUCGUCAACCCAGCUAUGGCAGUACUUCGAGAAUGGUGAUAGUUGGCUCCAGCCAAACUGGAUUCCCGAAGGCCAUUUGUGCAUCGAAACUAGACACCGCCAGGAUAUCAAGACAAACAUCGUCCUAGAUCUUGGCAACCGCUCAUUUGAAGCGGAAGGAGUGUUGUUUUCCAACAUAGUCUACGGCCAGUAUAUGGACAUCACAGCAACAUGCCACCAGGGUGGCGACGACGUUAACCUGAGUCUGACCUUCCUCCCAGACGGCCAUGUUCGAGUCUUGUUCCCGGCUUUGCCGCUAGUUCGAUCAGAUGCCGGGUGCUGUGUUAUGCAUCUACUGGACAAGAGGGUGGAGUUCUCGGGUGUGUAUAUUACUACGAGCGAGUGAGAAAUAUCAGUGGGUUCACAUGAGGAGUCGGGUGAGGGAGCUGAUGGCAUGGCGAGCGAGAUAUGUAGUAUGAUGAUAAAAGGAAGAGGCGCUCUGGAGUGCUAC